AUGAACCGGCCAUCCGGGCAGGUUAAAGCCGUCCUUUCAACUUCCGUCGGAAGUGGAAGCUAUGACGGAAUCAAUUUAUGCGGGGCCACUUUUGCACUACUCCCUUCAAUCACAGCUUUGGUGAAUUGUACCCAUAUCAUACUGCAUAUAUUUCUCAUCUUUGGGGACCGCUCGGUAGCUGGUAGCUGGUCCUCAGCCAUCGUGGAGGAACAAACCGUCGAGAUGAGAGAACAUACUUCCGACCAUGCGGACCAAGAUACACUCACUAUGCAUCCUCUCAAACGUCAUCAUCCGGACCAUGAACACCUGCUUCAAGGUGAGAUCGACCGACUGUCUAUUUCCUGUGAAGAACAUGAGAGACAGAUCAGAGCUUCCAAGUCAACUAUCGAACAUCGACUGUUCGUUGACUUCUACGGAAUGUUCAACGGUCUCACUUCACAAGAUAGAGAAGCUAUCAACCUGAUCGAUACUCUCCAAGAUACAGUCCGUACCAUUCCAGCUCAACACUCACAACGUCUAGCUGGGAUAGUUUCAGCUCGUAGGAAAGACGUUGAAACAAUGCGUCAUCGGCUCACACCUUGGAAAGAGUUCCUCAGACCUGGUGAUCUCAAAGAAGAGGAUAGGAAAGGAGGGAUUGAACGUGUGACUGGACCGAGGGAUGAAGCUGGGGAUGCUUUGAGAAAGAUGGAGAGGUGGGCUGAGGAAGUGGAAUCAUACUACGAAAAGGAGAUUGAUAGAGAACGAACCAAUAUACAACUUUCCACCUGGAGACGAAGGAUGAUAUUCCGCGUAUCAGGAUCGUAUGGUUUGAGCUACGAAGAACUGCAAGAUAGAGGUGACCCGUUCAGAGGUCCGAGACCUGGAGCAAGGCAGGUGUUUUUACAGAGCGAAGCGACCGAUCUACCCAGGCUGGACUCUGUGAGGGAUCUGACGGCGAGAAGGAGUUCAUCAAGGAUUUCCUCAGCACGAAGGGAUAUCAAAAACUCCAAAGAGGGUACAUCUAAAGAAAACUUACCGGACGACCCACGUAAAGACACUUCCCCCCGUCGAGAGAGAAUCGACGAAAAAGCGGAAUACGACAUCCCUUCUCCUUCUGGUAGUGCGCAUUACCUAUUCCCUACCAUUCCUUCAGUCACAUCUUACUCCACCGGACUGAAUCUUCACUCUCUCGGUCUAGCUGGGGUAGGGCUGAACGUCCCUUACUCGAGUCAACAGAAUUUAGUAGGACUUGCUACUGGAUCAGUUCGGUCCAGUAGUAUCAAAUCGACGACUUCAACGAUUCUUUCAUCUUCCGCUUCUGCACUUCAACCUUCCAGAUAUCGUCCCAGUACAGAAACAAUACAAUCGUCAGGAUCUAUUCGAGAAGGUCCCCCGAAAAGACCACCAAGAUCGCUUAGUCGCGCAGCUCAGUCAACGCCCGACAAGAAGGAGAUACUUGACCACGAAGAGAAAGAAAAGAGAAUUGUGGGAGCGACCAAAGUGUCAAGUAUGCGGACUUUGAAGAGACAACCUAGCGUCUCUGAUUUGUUGGUGGGGAGAAAAGUGACGGGUGGAGAUGCUAUCGAGGGAGGGGGAUUGAGGGUACAAAUAGAAAAUGGCUGGCAGAGCGUUUUGGGGGAGGUACCUAAUUGGCGUUUGGACAACACAGGGGAUACUAAGACCUCUCAUUCGGAACUCAUAAGCCCUAAAACGGUUAUUCCCCCGCAACCAUUUCCCCAGUCUCAACCCACUCUGAACAUCUCCGAUUCUCAAUCACAACUCUCGUACCUCCGCGACUCCCCACCGCAGAAAACCCAAGCCACUACCUAUCACACCCAUUCCCAACCCCAAGAUACUCGUGAUUCUCGUCGAUCAAUCGGUGCGCGACAUCGGAGUUAUACACUGACAGGUAAUCAAAAACCUUCGCAUUCUCAAACUUCCACUCCAUCUCAAAUAUCUCCCCAACCCCAAAUAUCACCCAGUCUACCCCCAGUUGAUUUUGGUGAUCCUCUCUCCGUAUCCGUUCUCAUACCUUCACCUUCCUUCUCUCAUUUAGAUUAUUCAGUAGCUUCUUCUUCACCUGCUUCUCAAGGUCAAGGAAGAACACCGAGGUUUUCACGACACGGUAAUGGAUUUCAAGCUCGUAUGUCUGUUCAAACCAGUGGUGCGAAUCAGGAAGAUGAUUCGCGGAAUACACGACAAUCUAUCUUAGCAUAUCUCAGACCUAAAAGGGCUUCUGGAGUUUUGGAAGGUGAAUCAAGACAUAGUUCCAAUUCAUCAUAUCGAUCAAUGAAGUCUCAGUCGUCAAAACAUUCAGGUUGUUCCGUCGAGUCGGGGAGAGAUCCCAGGGAAUCAAUGUCAAUGGCUAGAUUCAUUCACUCAACUGCGGCAACCAUCGAUUUCGAAAAGAAACAAGCCCCAGGAAUGUCGAUAGGAUCAGGGAAUGAUCGAAACGCUUCAAUUCAAUCAUACAGCACAUCCAUCGAAGUAGAGAGAAAGAGAGUGGAGCAGGGUUUAGCAGAAGGAAUCAUUUCUUCUGUAUCUAUGUCUCGAGACGGUAUGACGAAUUUCGAAUCUGCAAGGAAAAUCGCUCUUGAAGAUGCUCAACGUCGUUUGAUGGGACAUCAUCAACCCGUUCAAACGAUGGUAAAGCCAAGAAAAAGGAGUCAAAGUUUAUCUGCUAAUCGAACCAUAAGAGAAAUGUCAAAUGUGGAAGCCAUACCGGAAUUACCAAAUUCAUUGAGGACUUCUCAAACUGUGAUAUUAGGACGUUCACCAUUUCAUUCGAACAUAUCUGAAUCGCAUCCUUUCCCUCCUUCUCUUAAAAUCAAUCAUCCUAACAGUCCCGCUAGAUCUCCUCGACCAAUGACGGUAGCCUCUUCCAUCGUCUUGGAAUCUCCUAAACCUUUAGACCGAACACAUGUUUUGAAUGGAGGUAUAAAUAUCGAUUUAGGUUCAAGAUAUGGUACACCUUCACCACUUUCUCCCAAUAAUAGGUUUUCUGCCACUUCUCACAGAUAUGGAGAUAAGGAUACCAACAGAAGACCUUUACAUCCUGCAUUAGCAAUGGAGAUGCCUCGACAAAGUUUACCUGCUUCUUCCACAAUACAUAAUGCGACGGAAUUACCUACACAAGCCGCCUUUGCAAUACAAAACUUAUCCCAGAUUUCAAUCCUCGCUCCAUCCACAAUCUCAACUCCUUCUGCAGAUUGGAACUCGUCAGAAAGAUCAGGAUCUCCUAGUAGUUUACCAAGUAGUCUAGAAGCAGAAGCGGUGGAUCUUACUGUUGUCCCUCCCAAAUUGAGAUCGAAUUGGAAACGACCUUUCUCGAAUCAUCGAACACAACCUCAACCUUUUCAUCCUCAUGGUGAGACAGAUGCUCGCUCGCUGACCAAUCAUCGAGUUCACCCUCAACAUAUAAACCACCAUACCGAGAAAGAACCCAUUCAUAGACAGAAUGAUGGAUCAGAGACGGGUAAUGACUUCGGUCUCGAUGGUAGAGACGAGAUAGGUGAUGGAAGAAUGAGAAGAAGUUCUUCGAUGGAUAGAAUCAAGAGUCCUAAAUCGGUUAUCAGACAGUCAAAGACUAUGUUACCUGGGGAACUUCGGAAGGCGUAUGCGGAAGCUUCAACCUCUGCUCAUCGUCCCGAGAAUAUACAACCACAGUCCUUCUCGACAAUGGAAUUGUCCGGUCUGCCACCCACUCUGGUGAGAGAGGGACCUGAUCCGGUUCAUCGAUCCAAAGUUCAUGAUGAGGUUGAAUAUAAGGAAUCUCCGAGAAAAUCAAGACCUUCAUACAUACAGACCAAACCUUCUCCACCUCGUAUAGCAUCUUCAGGAAGUCGGAAGGACCUGAAUACGAAAUCACCUAUGGUACCUAACUGUAGAGAAUCGUUGUUAGGUCAAGGAACAGAAAGAAGAAGAGGUUUCGGAACUUUUUGUUCACCCCCAGAAGCCAUCCCGAUUUCUCCUAUAUAUCCAACUUCCUCACAAAACUUCUCACCCGACCAUACCAGUGUAUCCGAUUCGCCCAACAUCAGUUUCACACGAAACCAAAAUCAGAAGCUUUCUCCGAAGAAUCGAAACCAGGUUGAGUCUCCAGCACAAUCUCAACCUGACAUUCUUAGUGCGGAAUUCGGGGGAAAGUUGCAAGACAAACAAAGUCCGGUGAAUUCAAUAGUAACUCCAAAGACUACAGUACGAUCACCAACUUUAGUAUCCGCUUCUUCCUUGAGAAGAGUGUUUAGUAAAUCUACUCUAUCCAGAUCAUUAUCUCAGGUAUUUCAUACGACUGAGAAACAUGAGAAGAACAAGGAGAAAGUAGGUCAUGAUGAUAAAAAUAAGAAAAUGGAAAGUAUUUCUAGAUCUUUAUCUCAAGCUUUUGAUUGGACGGAUAAGUCUGAGAAGAAAAUUGAUCAUGUUGACAAGAAUGGAAAGAAGAAAUUGGAGACCAUUUCUCGAUCUUUAUCUCAAGUUUUUGAUCGAACGGAUAAAUCCGAGAAGAUAAAAGUUGAUAAUAAUUCCAAAAAUGAACAAAAGGUGGAAAGAGGAAAUAAGAAUAAGAUGGUCAGUCUUCCUUUGGAAACAUUGAAAGAAGGUGAAGAACGUAUUUGGAGAGAAAAGUUGUUGGAAGAAGCAGUAGGACAUAGUUAUUCAACUCGAAUGAUUCGACCUAUGGACCAUUCCAUAUCUUUCGAAACCUCUCAACAUUUAGAGAAUUCUCAUUUUUCAGAAGAAACGAAAGGAUCAAAAUCAUCACCUCAACCGGAAGAUUCUCGUAGGACUAAAGUAGGUACUUAUCAAGAUGAUUCUAUCGUUUAUCAGGAUUCACCGAACGAAUCCACUGUGGGAAAGACUCUUCAACAUCAACAUCAACUUGAGAAUGAAGAUACUAGGUAUUUGGAUAAUACCAACGAAAGGAUUAAACGUGUUGUGGAGAAUAUAAAACAUAGUCCAAAGAAAAGACUUCCUAUACCUAUUUUCGACCAUGAUCUGAGUUCACAUAGGGCCUCAAAUGAGGAAGAAGAUGUUCAGUAUGAAGUUCAAUCUGGAAUCAAAGAUAGAUUGUCACUUCGAGAUAGUAGACACGGCAACGAGGAAAAUGACCAACCGUUUGUUACAGAUAAGAAAUCCGGUCUAGUGGGAUCGGAAAGUACGCCCAAGUUGAAUCAUGGACCUGAAAGAUUUAUCGACCGUCCUCAAGGAGAUACCGGGCGUGAACAGUAUAUCGACCAUUCCGAAUUUGAUAUCGGAUUAGAAACAUAUAUAAACCCACUUCCACCUAUCUCAAUGGCAAGUACUGGUAAAUCACAUUACUUGAAAGCCAAACAUGUCAAUUUAUCUCUCCUCCCGUCUCCACAACUUGCAUCACCAAAUUCAUCACCGUCAAUGGUAAAUACGAAAUCUCCGAAAUUAUCUAAUGGGAUAUUAAAAGCUUUACCUUCUGUACCGGGUUUAAACGUGUUGUCAACCUUGACCAAAGCAUCUUCUCAACACCAAGACCAAAACCAAGAUCACAGUUUGGUUCGGUCUCAACAAUCACAACCGAAUUUGAGUUCAAAUGGAAAGGUCCAAAAGUUGAGUGUGUCUUCACAGAUUCUAUCUUCCAAAUCUUCUCUUUCUCAAUUAAGAAUGAAUCGAAAAACGUCACAAUUCGAUCCGACAAGGAACCGAGAAAACAGAUCCGCCUCCAGUGGAGAGAGAGGAAUGGAUGGGUCGGAUAGAGGGAAAGAAAAUCACCAAGAUGAUGGUAUCAAUAAGGGGGAUUCAGAAUUGGGAAAGAAAAAGAUCUCCAAGAAGAAAUCUUCACUUCGAUCCAAUAAAUUUCAUCCGGCUCAAGAAGAUAUCCCACCUCUUCCUGAUCUUUCCACCAUGACAAAAUCAAUGUUCAACAGUUCUUCCAUCUCUCAAUCUGGAUAUUUGAACUCACUAGACGCAGAGUCGGAAUGUAUACCCUCUAUCCCUUCUGUCCAAUCCGUUUCGUCUGUUCCCUCUAUUCCUCCUGUGCCGUCAGUAUCAUCUAUCAUGCCGAAAACGAAGAAUGACAAUCACACAAGACCUACCACCGGUCUAGGUUUAGGUUUAGGUUUAGGGAUUGAUCUUCCUUCUACAUUCGGACAAGCAAUCGACCGUGAAGAAAUAAAAGAGGACAAGACAGUCAAUGAUGAAGAUUUUGAAGGUAACAGAGGAGAUGGAAAGGAUGAAUCUCAUUCCACUUAUCAUCGUUCCAUCCUCCCUUUUUUAUCUUCUGAUCCUUCGGAAGAUUCUUCGUUUCGUCUUGGUCGAAAGACCAGGUCGACCAUACGGUCUUUAAAGUCGACUUUGGGUGUUGGGGAGAGGGAAAAAAGGGAGGUAUCCUCUGGUUCUGGGUCGGUAAGAAACGUAUCUCAGUCUGAUGGAUUGAUACGAACGGGCAAAGUUGACACUACGGAAACAAGGGAGAAGAAUGAUGAAUCUCACUCUGGGAGUUUAUCUAUGGAAGGAAAGAACCUAACAUUGAUGGAAAGUAGAAACCGAUCUAGAUCAGGACAAUCUUUAGUCGAAAGUAAAUCUAAUAUCGAUAAGAUGAUAGAAGGUAAAGAUGGUUUAAGAAUGAUCGAAGGUAAAACCGGUUUGAAGAGAAAGAAUAAGAAAGAUCCAAUGGUAUUUCAAAUGUUGAGUCCUAUAAGUUCUUCAACACCACGAGAAGUACUUGAAGAAUUAGCCGUCAGAGGGGAAGUAGAAGGUCCUACAGAGAAAAGAGAUAGGAUGAAAAAGUGGAUGAACGAAGUUGAAGAGAGAGAAGAAUAUGUUAGGUUCGAAGAGGAUGUUAGGAGGUUUGUUGAUGGUGAGAAAGAAAGGAUUAGAAGGAUUGGAGGGAGGGUUAGGGGGGAGGAUUGA